ACAGACAGCUCCGACGCUCAUUUCAUUUCGGUGCGUUCAACGGUCCGCACGUGUACAGGAGCCGCUCCGUUUCCGUGGCGUUAGUUUAGUGGCGUGGUAAUUCGACAGUGACGGCGUAGCGUGUUAGCAUACAAACAAAAGCAAAAUAAAGCAAGCGACUUUCGCUCCGUGCGUGCGCGUAUUGUUAUUAUUUGCGUGGCAACCGCAGCAACGGGGGCACUAGCAAAAGAACGCAAAGAAACCACCGCUUGCAAGUCGUUCUAGCGUUACAAUAAAUGGCUUGCUUUGCUCUCUGGGUGUGAUUGAACUUAGAGCGGAAAAAAGAAGCAACCGCGGGCGAUUAUAGUUUUCCAGCGAUGUAGCUGCAGUGGAAAACAUGUGUGAAGCAUUGUGAGGAAGCAUAUUAAAUGCGGGUGAGUGUGUGUUCAUAGAAGUGAAGAAAAAGUGUUACAAAAAAACAACAACAACAACUUGCACCUACUGUUUUCCGGCCAAAGGUGGUGGUGGUGUGUGCGUGUGUGUUUUGUUUUGCGAUGUGAAUGUGUUUGCAUUAAUUGCAGUGUGGCAGUGCGUCCGGACAUAUUUGUGUCCAGCAGUAAGAGUCAAGCAAUGGGUGUGAGUGUGUGUUAUUAAUUUAUAUUCCACUUUAUUUGGAGAAAGCGCAAAAAGAACGCAACCGCGCCCGUCGCACGCUGUUCUGCUGUCAUUUGCUGCGAUACGCAACAACGCCAGAACGCGCGCAAGUGUGCGGUGGUCGAGGGCUUUCGAAGUAACCUUCCCCGCCCUUUCAAGACCCCCUUUUUAAAGCCCCCUUUGUAACUAGCAGCAGCAGCAGUGUGUUCCAAUUCCCAGACUCACCUGCAGCAUUCGCUGCACCUUGUCCGAAAGGCCGCCCAGAUGCUUUCACCUGUGUGCUCUUGCCCGUGUGCGUGUGCUGUGUCGUUUCAGGCUAGUGGUGGUGAAGUGAAACCUCAUUUUCAGUUAUAAAUAAAGCAAAAAUUAAAUAACUCCACCAAGCGAGAGAGAAAGAGGGCAAAGGGUUCCGUCAUACAAACAGAGAACCCCGUUAUCCUGUUACCCCUUUGCACGUGUUUUUGUGUGUGUGUGUGUGUUUCAUCGUCUGUGUUUGUGCUUGUGUUUGGCGGGUAUCCUAGUGAGAACACCUUUCGCGCUGUUUCGGUCCUGUUGUGGCAAAAGGAGAGGAAGGUUGGGUUGUUUGUGUUGCCAACAGGGUGGCGCGUUUGAGUGUGUUUACCGCUGCGUCUGCCGCGUGACCUCGCGUCGUUCAGCUGCUGCUACCGGAAUCCUUGCAACGGCCGGGACACGUGCCCCCAUAUUUGCGAUUGGCUUCCCGGACUUGUGCGCGCCAUCGAUACAUCCUACACCCGAGCAGUCGCAAGCAGCUCAAGCAACGGAAGGCGGAAGGAAGCAGACUGAUUAAAGUCCUCAGCCAACGGUUUUCUUGCCGGCCUCAUCUCUGACCGGUUGGCGGGGGGAAGAAAGUAGUCGGCACACAGGAUCCACCGGCGGGGAAGAAGCCGCGCACCAUUAUCCAGUUUAUGCGCACACCGGAGUGCUGGCCGCGUACGCAGGGUGCUUUCUUCUGUAAUCAUUUGUCACUAUGCGACACCGGUUGCCGAUGCCGGCACACUCGGCGAUGAUUGAUAGUGCGGCGAAAAGUGGGAAAAUCAUCAUGCACAGCAACGACCGCAGUGGAUCAGCAACACCCAGUUCGCCGCUCGAACGAACGUAGACCACAUCCACAGGUUCUGCAUCGAGACGUUAAAAAAAAGAAGCUCGUUCGUGCGUUUAUGCAACAGGCUUCUACUUUAGAUUAGCAAAGCACGGGUUGAUCUCAUAGUGCUGGAAGGUUGGAAUUAUUAAUCAUCGACACCGGGAACUGCUUCGCCCGCACGCAAGAUGCCGGCCACAACGGUAAAGAGUGAGGCAGCGACUGACCAGCACAACAACCACUGUGAUAAUGAGGAGGAGGAACCGAAAGACAUGAAAAAUGCGCAUCUCAUUAUCAACGAGCUUCGCAACCGGUGCCGAAAUCAGUCCGAGCAAAUCAUGGCCUGGAAGAAGGCGUUCUCGCUACAGCAAGAGCAGAACCACCGGCUGCAGAAGGAAAAGACGGAGCAGCUCAAUUAUCUCACCAGCCAGCUGCUGCUGCUCGAGUCGCGCAUCAUGCGCAAGCAGAAGCAGGUCUCGAACGUGAUCUACCAGCGCGAGCUGACGAUCUACCGGCAGCAGCGGAUCAUCGAAACGCUCUCCAGCCGGCUGAUCGAUCACGGCAUCAUGGACGUCGGCAUGGACGCACCGAUGCACGCGGGCGGCAGCGGCAACAGUAACGACUUUGACUCGCUCAACGAUUCCGACUCGGCCGUCGUGCUCGAGGACGUCGAUUCGGACUGCAACAGCUCGAUCUACUUCGGCGGCGGUGGCGGCAGCAGCAUCAGUGGCGGCGGCAGCCUCAAGUCACGCUCCUGCAAGAUGACGAACGACGUCACGAUCGUGCGGUCCAUCUCGGACGCGAUCGAGACGAACCUGAAGUACAACAAUACCCGCCGGUCGAACUGCUUCCUGCGGCGGCCCGAAAUCCUCGAAACCGUGUACAGCGUGGAGGAGGACCCGGAGCCACAGAAUGCUGCGGCCGGUGCGAAUGGGACGGCGGGAAGCGGCCCCGGCAGUGGAUCCACGACCGGGCCCACCUCACCGAAACCGGAUGCGGUCAGCGAGAAGCGGGACAAGUUUAAAAAUCGCACCGAAAAGUGCAUCUCCACCGAUCAGCCGGCCGGGGAAGGGAGCGGCGCACGGCAGGAAGGCACACCGGUCAUCAUUACCAGCAGCAGCAGCUGCGACGUGGAGCCGUCGGACCAGUGCGACAUGACGCCGGUGGCCCAGGGCGGCGGCUGCAAGGUGCAGGGCGCGGUGACGAACUUCAAUCGCGUAAUGUCCAACCACCGGUCGGUGACGAAACCGAAGGACGUGAAGUACAAGCGCAUCAACAAGGCCAAAUCGAAGAGUCUGGAGGAGCUGCGCGGGCGGCUAAAGCACUGGGUCGAGCGGGGCACCUGCAACGUGAACCUAACGCUCGACCCGGCUGGCGGGGGGGCCACCGGCGCCGCCCAUCUAACGGGGCAUCUGUCCGAGCACUGUGGGGCGGUGGGCACGCUGCAGCAGAGCGUGCAGCCGCCCCAGCAACCGAACCUGGCGCAAAGCUACGCGUGACCGGAAGCGAGGGUGCCCGCGCGUGCUCGGGGCAGCAUUUAGUGUGGGGUAUGUGGGUCGGCGGCAACACUCGCUAUCAGCAGCUUAUUUAUUGCGGUUUGGCUUAGUGUUUAAGUGUGCGGCAGCAUGAAGCAGAGUAUGGGAAGGAAUUGAAAUGAUCGUGAAGAUGGUGGGGCCCUACCACGGUCACCUCACAUACACAAACACACACUGACUGAGUCAGGUUACCUAAGAGGAGAUAAAGAGCUGGAAAGCAUUGAAGCAUAGUAGAUAAGCUUAACGUAUAGUGGCCAUGCGCAGCCAACACAGCACCGGCGGCUGUGUGAAGCGCAGACGUACCACACACUCUACUCUCAGAAGGCCAACCGAUUGAUUUGGAAGGAAUUACAGUGAACAAACAGUAUAGGCAUAGAUAUAAAGGCCCAAUAUCUCUCCCACAGGCACAGAACUUUCGAAAACUUAUCGUGUAAGUUAAGCGAUAUGAAUGCACUAGGCGGGAAAGCCCUCUUUUGACAGAUAAGCAGGAGAGGAGAUAGAUAAGAUGAAGCGUACAAUUUGUACAAUUAGUAACAGAAUCAAUUCAUUGUCACACACACCCAUGAAUUGUACUACCUAUAGUGUAGCCACGUAAGCACUCGGAGGUAUCACCACCGUACGAGAUCCGCGGGAGUCGAACUAGAAUCGAAUUCUACAGGCUACAGGCACAGAGCCCAUCUGAGGCAUUUAAAGUGUGUCAUUGGUGAUCUUUCCUUCCAAAGUCAAGAAGAUUUAUUUAUAUACAUGUACAUAGAUAUAUACACCCUGGAGGAGUAUUUCUCCCCCACUAGCAAGGGGUCUUUGCUUGGAUUAACUCUUUUGCAUAAAAUACCACUCCACGAACCGUGUAGUAAUGCAUCGUCGUAUUUGGAGGGUUUCGAGAAUGUUCCUUUAAAAAGUAAGACAAGAAUCGGAAAAUAAUUCGUUUCUUUAGCGCAUGACUGCAAGUGAGUAUUGCGUGAGUGCUUUCGCUGUUGCGAGCACCUAUUUAAUGAUCUGUACUAUAAUGGUUUCCACUCACCGAGCUUUCAAGUCACCAUGGUCACCACAUACUACCCUAUUGCGGAGAAGACGUACUACGGCAUUUUCCGUAUCUUUGGUGUAGUUGCAACCUGUCACUGGUUUCAAAUGUACCUUCUUUCUUUGGGAAUGUGCGUUAAAAGUUGCACUUUUUAGUAUUAUAAUAGGUAUUUCGUUCUGUCACAAAAUCGGAACAAACCUCUAAUCGAAUUUCGUUUUCCGCCUUAAACCAUGCUACAUUCCCUCUCCUUCUAACGCGUAGUACGUAAGGCCAUGUACAUACAACCAAUCGAAUCGUUUACUUACCGGUAAAGAUCGAUUGCAAUGGUUAAAAUCAAAGUCCGCGAUCCUCAGCAGCGAGGAAAAGAUUAUGAACAAUUAAUUGUAAGCAUUUCGUGUGCGACGAGCAUAUUGUAAGGGCCAGAUCGAAGAGGUUCUUCUUUCACGCACACGAACACACACCCACACAAACAGGUAGAUGUGAAUAACAGCUCUACCGUGAGUGUAAUUGUUCGAGUGAAGGAGGCACGUUCAAUGCGAUAGCCAAAUUAAAAUAAAAGUAAAUUAGUAAAAACACAAACCCUUACUCAGAAAUAGUGAGUAAUACGUACAUAUGCACUGAUGCAUUCAUGCUAACAUUUAAUUGCACGAUAAGUGAAGGGUUUUUGUCGAUGGGAAAGCACAUAGAAGUCUGCUAGCUUUUGGAGAGUGGUAGCAGGUUCGAUUAGGUAGGAAGAAAGAAGAGGAAUUUCUCGUACGACAAUUACAAAAGAAACAGAAGAAAAGAAACAUCUUUUACGGUAGAUACGUCUGAAAAAUAUGAGGUAAAUUUAGGAAAUCCACCGAUCGAAUGCAGCACUGGUGCGGUAAAGUUGUACAAACUCUAAUCAUGUUCGAUGGAUUCGCAACACCUAUGUAAUGUAAGCGUGGAAAAUAAAUCAUUGCUUGAAAUAUAAAAGUGCGAUUCAUAGUUUUCAACGCUGAAAUCUCUAAA